GCCGCCGCGGGCCGCGCCGCUCCCUCCUCCCUCCCGGCGGCCCGGGCGCCACUGACAGAGCGCGGAGCGAGCGGCGCGAGCGGCGCGAGCCCCCGGGACCCCCGCGCCCCGCCCCGGCGCUGCGCUGAAUGGGAGAGGCGGGCGGCGCCGGCCCCACGGAGCACAGCGAAGCGGCGGCGCCGGCGGCGGCUCGGAUGGAUUGAAUCUUCUGUGUUGAAUGCCUCCGGAUUUCCUAUUGGAUUCCACGUCUGGAAAAAUACUUUGGAUUGAAGCCACUCGGUGGCAGACUGAAUUGUAGAUCCGGGUUCCAAAGACUCCAGGUCUUGAGGAGGCAGCCAGUGCUGAAUCACGUUAGCCUGACAUCACAGCCACGAUGGUGCUGUCACAGAGACAACGAGAUGAACUAAAUCGAGCAAUAGCAGAUUACCUUCGGUCUAAUGGCUAUGAAGAGGCAUAUUCGGUCUUUAAAAAGGAAGCUGAGUUAGAUGUGAAUGAAGAGUUAGAUAAGAAGUAUGCUGGACUUCUGGAAAAAAAAUGGACAUCUGUUAUACGAUUACAAAAGAAGGUAAUGGAAUUAGAAUCGAAGCUGAAUGAAGCUAAGGAAGAAUUCACAUCAGGUGGCCCUCUCGGUCAGAAACGAGACCCUAAAGAGUGGAUUCCUCGUCCUCCAGAGAAGUACGCGUUGAGUGGACACAGGAGUCCUGUCACUCGAGUCAUUUUCCAUCCAGUUUUCAGUGUUAUGGUCUCUGCUUCAGAGGAUGCCACAAUAAAGGUGUGGGAUUACGAGACAGGAGACUUUGAACGGACCCUGAAGGGGCACACAGACUCUGUGCAGGAUAUUUCCUUUGACCACACUGGCAAACUGCUGGCCUCCUGUUCUGCUGACAUGACCAUCAAGCUAUGGGAUUUCCAGGGCUUUGAGUGCAUCAGAACUAUGCAUGGUCAUGACCAUAAUGUUUCUUCAGUAGCCAUCAUGCCCAAUGGAGAUCAUAUAGUUUCUGCCUCAAGGGAUAAAACUAUCAAAAUGUGGGAAGUCCAGACAGGUUACUGUGUGAAGACUUUCACGGGUCACAGAGAAUGGGUGCGCAUGGUGAGGCCUAACCAGGAUGGCACCUUAAUUGCCAGUUGUUCUAACGACCAGACGGUGCGUGUUUGGGUGGUAGCGACGAAGGAAUGCAAAGCUGAGCUGCGGGAACACGAGCACGUGGUAGAAUGCAUUUCCUGGGCUCCCGAGAGCUCCUACUCCACCAUAUCAGAAGCUACGGGAUCAGAGACCAAGAAGAGUGGCAAGCCUGGGCCUUUUCUGCUGUCUGGAUCCAGAGACAAGACCAUUAAGAUGUGGGACAUUAGCACUGGCAUGUGCCUUAUGACACUUGUGGGCCAUGAUAACUGGGUACGUGGCGUUCUGUUCCAUUCUGGGGGAAAAUUUAUUUUGAGCUGUGCUGAUGACAAGACUCUACGUGUCUGGGACUUCAAGAACAAACGAUGCAUGAAAACCCUCAAUGCGCACGAACACUUUGUUACCUCUUUGGAUUUCCACAAGACGGCACCGUAUGUGGUUACUGGAAGUGUAGAUCAAACAGUAAAAGUGUGGGAGUGCCGUUGAUUGAAUUCACAUUGACCCCUUUCCUCUGGAUGCACUCAGAUACCAUGGUUACCCAUUGAGCUCUGUUUAAAUAAAUAUUGUCCUUUCAUGUAAAUUAUUCUGGAUGUAGAUUGAGCUUAUUAAAUGUUACACACAAAGUAUUCAUGCAUGGUGAAUCCAAAUUGUAUACUGUAAAUUUACAUACGUUGUCUAGAAGUACCAUAGGUUUAAGAACAUGGGCUGGCAUUGGUCACAUCAGACCGGAGAAGGCAGAAGUUGGAUAAUUGGAUAGGGCACUUAACUGAAUAGUUGACAGUGUCGUUCUGUGUCGGAUAACUAUACCUGGUUUUCUUUCUGCUGUCUGUUGGUGCCUGAAUUGGUGACCUCAUUUGGGAAAGUUUUGUAGGGCUCUUUCAGAAAUGUGUAUCUAUGUAACAUCACUUAAGUGUGCUUAAUAAAUCUUCUCUAAGAAUACUAGAUAAUAAGGCUGCAAUUCAGAAUCUUCUGAACCUUAUAUGUAAUUAAUGGAAAUUAAUUAACUCUGGAAUAUUGUCAUGAAACAUUUGCCAAAUCAACUGAAUACACUUGUUUUGGCCUCCUAUCACGAAGGGUUGGAAUAUUUAUAUAACUAACUGUAAACCUGAAAUAAGACAACAAAUCUUAGUAGCAGCUGAUGUGAUAAAUGUAUUUAUUUUUAUUUGGUCAUCGAUGGUUAAGCUGUGCUGUUAAACGGAGUUUAAUUUGUUUGUUUGUUUGUUCUUUGGGUUUUCAUGCUAGGCAAACUUCCAGGAGUUGUUGUCCAUCCCACUAGAACUUAGCGAUCUGGUUCCACUGGAGCUCGCUCUCCCUCUGACCGCCAUGGUACAGCCGCUCUUGCUUCGUGUUUGUAGGGACGCGCGGUCCCGUUCACAGCAGCGCCCGCGGGCCCUCCCCGCAGGAGCUCCGAGCCUCUUGGUUUCCUUAGUGCCUCCUUGGAAACCCUUUGCAAACGAGGUCAUCCUUACCUUGAAUAGAACCUACCGGGGUUUGCAGAGUGAGAAAUACCGUGGCACGCGUGUUGAAAUGCUUGAACGAAAGCACUAAAUACCUUGAGAAUUAGAUUCUGAUGGCAGAUACAGAUACAGAUACAGAUGCAGGCAAAAAACAAAACCCCAUCAACAAAGCAAAGUCCAUCUAUGGGAAAGUUGCUUUCAGGUAGACGUUUAAAACCGAACCCAAAUCCUAUCGGCAAAACUAGCCCGGCUUGGUUAUUAAUAUUUAUGUUGUUUGGUGUAUACAGUUUUUAAUUUGCAUAUCCCUAAAGUUACAUAUUUUGAUCUGAAGUGAAAGAAAAUAUUAUAAAUUAGUAUUUUAAUCAGCAUUUUGGUGACAGAUUCCAUUGUAGAUAACUAAGAAUUACAAUACUUAUAAAACUAACCAGGUCUUUUAAAAAUCCACUUUAAAAUUUGCCAUAUAAUGAAGUACCAGUCUGAUGUUUUAAGAGGUGAACUUGUGCUCUAUUUUAUCCGUUUUGUUUCCUCCAUGGCUUUUAGAAGUGUCCCUUGUAGGAGACGGGAGCAGCCGGGCGGGCUGGCUGCUGCGGGGAGUGCGGCCCCCUUCGCGGGCUUGAGCCACUUGAGCGUCCAGGCUCGUCUCCAUGCGGUGGUUUGUGUAACUUGCAGUGUGUGUUUCUGCAGUUAAGCAUGCACAAAUAAAGUAUUUUUUUGUUCGUUAGCUGCUUGGACUGGAAAAAUUUGCUGCUUUGUCCUAUUCAAGAAUUCCAGAUACACAGGUGGUGCAUCUGCAAAUUCCUCGGUGCAUCUGCAACUGUAAAGUAAAACACCUGUUUAACUCCCGAUAGGACCUAUAAACUUUAUUUAAGUAUAAAGUAAACCACACUCGUGUACAUAAUUCCUAAACAUGAAUGAGAAAUUAAAGGUACCUAUUAAGCGGAAGCUGUCUACUGCAUUUUUUCCCUGUAGCAUCCAACCGUUUCCCAGGACAAACGAUAACUGAAGUCGUGUUAUGGCAGCAUUUAGCUGCUCGUGCGAAACACUCUGCUGAGUACUUCUGCAAUGCGGUUUGCAACCUUCUCCUCGAAUAAGCAGUGAAUGAUCUCAGGGACGGUCCCGCUGGGCCAGAGGGUGAAGCCCCGCUGGCGGCUUUGGAGGCUUCCCUGGCCCAGCCCUGCUCAACUCUGCCACUGUUGCAAGGUUUCUGUCGGCUGAUCCUGUGCCUUUCCUGUGAUAACAAGUACAAUAAUGAGGUUACCGGUUUGCAUUACAAGCUAAAUUUAUUAGAGGGUUAAGAGGUUCACUGCUGCUUUCUCACUUUCCUGACCAAAAUUGGCAUAGCUUAAAAAAUGGCAACACAGCCCGUGUUCCCAAAUAGACAAUAGAGACUCUGGCUGCAAUCCAGACAUUCCAGUGCCACUGACGGACCGUGCCCAGGAAGUCUUAGAUGCAUUCUAGAAAGUGCAGCAUUUGUUGUGGUUUAGACAUAAUCUGGAAGUUGAUGUUUUAUAGCAUCUUGCACUUUAGAAGAUUUUAAAAACCGUCCUGCUUUUGUGUAUGGUGUGACCAAUGAUGUGCCCGGGGCACUAAUUAAGAGAACCCCUAGUUGGUAGCGCGGGAGGGCGGGGAGCGUGGCGGGGCUGCGGUUCGGUCCCCCAGCACCCACUGCCGCCUCCUGCUUCUUGUGACCUGCCCGAUAAUAGCACUCUUAAAUAGCUUUUGACUCGCAUGAAAGCUAUUUAAAAGAAAAGAUGAUACUUUGUUUUUGUAGACAGUGGUGGCUUGGUAAUCCUUUUAAUGAUUUGAAUAUUGCAGAAAAUGACUGAGUUGAGUGAAGGAAGAACGCACUUAGAAUGAGUUGUUUGCUGUUCGGCUGUGCGUACAGUCCGGUGUGUUCUACAGAUCAGUACCGAGAAUCCUCCGGCAAGAGCUGGUGCGUAAAUCGUAGGGAUGAACACACUGGGAGCGGGGAAGGGUGAGUUGGAUUUACAAGUCACGACUGGAUUUAACUGGCCUUUUUAUCUUUCCACUGUGUCAUGUAAGUAGCUGCUUUCUUGUCCUACCUGUCCCUCGGGCUUCCCCCUUCAUUCUGAGAUGAGUUAGCAAAACCUUCACGUUUUAGAAGUUGAUCCUGACAUUGACAUGAAGGCAAACGUCAAAUAUUUCCUAAGAACGCUGUUGGAGGUUGCAAUUGGAGAGAACAGUUCCCAGGCUGUAGGAGUUAACGGAAGCUAUUGACACCAUUUAAAAAGAAACAAAAUCAGUAAAGGAAUGUAUAUAAUACUGCUCUGUGUUUUACAGUAAGAUUUGUUGCUCUCAGACUGUGUAAAACAAAAUUUAUUCAUGUUUUCUGCAUAUUAAAAAAAUCUUAUUGUACCAAUUGGUAAACUAUUAAAUGCAUAUAAAACUA